AUGAAGCGAAGCAAAUUCAUAGAAAAUCCAAGGAUGAAGAAUGAGAAAUCGAAUAGCCAUUUGAAGAACUUUCUUCCCGAAUGUUGUGAUAAAAGAGAAAUGAAAGAUUUUAAAACGUUUGCUAAUUUAUUCUUAAAGGGGGAAUUAAUGAGAAAAUUUUUAAUGGAUGAAGAUGUGUGGUUAUUUAUACAAAAUUUUAAAAUUAAAUUAAAAGAAAAUCCUAGUGAAAUUGACAACUGGUUAGACUAUCAGCUACAUUUAGCAAAAACUAGUGUGGGUAAUCUCUUCAAUUCGGACAUUCCACCAUUUGAACAUAUACAAAAAAAAAAAAACGAUUGUUAUAACUCAAAAACUUAUAAUGAAAUUGAUAAAUAUGAUGUUCAUCUUACUGAAUCUGCUAAGAGGAACGGUUUUUCUGAAAAAUGGAGAAGAAAUAUGUAUGAUCAUUUGGGCCAAGUUGAAAAAGAAGAUUCAGUAAGUUCUCUUUUGCAUGAUCAGGGAGACACACGCGAUGGGGGAAGCGAAUACAACAAGGAAGGUGAAGAUGGAAAGAAGCAUAAUGUUCACAAAAACGAAGAACACGAGCAAAAUGAAAAUGAUGGGCAAAAUGAAAAAGACGGGAGAAAAGAAAAAGAUGGGAGAAAAGAAAAAGAUGGGAGAAAAGAAAAAGAUGGGAGAAAAGAAAAAGACGGGAAAAACGAAAAAGAUGGGAAAAACGAAAAAGAUGGGCAAAGCGGAUCAAAUCGACAAAAUGAGCAAAACAAAGAUGAUCACUCCGUUGGAAGUGAAUAUGACUCACGAGGAGUAAAACGGAUUAAUAUAAAUGAUAUACUUAUGAGGAAUAGGUUUCAUAGUAACGAUGAGAAAGCAAACAAACAUAUUGAUGUAGAGUAUGACAGUUCUGCGUACAAGUGCAUAUCUGGCUUAGGGAAAGAUAGCACACGUACUGGAUCAGAAUAUGAUCAAAGUGGAAUUGAUAGAAUCCGAAUGUGUCAAGGUGAGAGGGAAGCAAAAAAUAUCGAUGGAACAGGGCUCAACGUGGAACCCAUUGAUGAAGCUAUUCAUAUUCCAAUGUUAGAUAAUUCAUUGAAACUCCAAAAUGAUCAAGACUCGAUAAAAAAAAGACAAAAAGAGAUUGGAGAAAAACAAACAAUUACAAAUGGAUAUAAUUCCUUCGAAAAAGAAGUGAAGGAGGAAAUACUAGUAGAGAAAUAUCAACCCAGAGAGAAAGACAAUUUCAAGGAUGACCUAUCUAGCCUCAAAAGUAAGGCAGUAACAAAGCUCAGACCAACAAAAAAUAGUUCCAUUAGUUCUACGCAGUAUUGUAAGAAAAAUGAAAUAAUCACUAAACAUAAUCAUAGCAGACGUAAGGAGCAACCCCAAUAUUUUAAGGAAAAUAAUGAGGUUUCUGAUAGUGCUGUUAGUUGUGAUGAACUUUUGCAAAAAGGUGCAUCAUCCAGAGAUACAAAUUGCAGAAGUCACUGUACUGAUACGGAUGAAUUGUGCCUCUAUGAUGAUGGGAAAACAAUUGAUAAACAAGCUCUAAGUAAUGGACAAGAGUUCGGAAAACUUACAAACAGUGGAAUGAUGAAAAAGCAGCAAAGAGUAAGCACCUAUGAUGAUAACAAAUUACCCACCUUCACUGUAAAAAAAAAAACGAAAAAGGAAGAAAUUAUUACUCCAUUGAAAAACAGUUUAACAGAACAUAUACUGUCGCAAAAAAAAGAAGGAAAAAAUAAUCCAAAUGAAGAGUUUACUAAUCUUGUUUGUAGAACAUUAAACGACAAGAAAAUAUUUGAUAAAAACAAAACAGGAGAUGUGCAUGUUGUAAUACCAAAAAUUACUGUAAAAAUUGACAAAAUACUGAAUGAUGAAACAGAUAUCAAAUUAAAAGAAAUAUUCAGCCAAUGUAAUAAUAAAAUGGAUUUAGAUUUAUUCGAAAAUUUAAUAGUGAUAAAUUUUUUAAAAAUUGGUAGAUACAUGAGUCAUACCUUAUAUUCAAAAAUUCCAAAAAGAAAUAUAAAUUUUGUUACGUAUGAAGAGGUUAGGAAAUAUUUUAGGAAUCGUUUCAUUGAUGGGAGAAAAGAUCCAAGUUAUUACAACGAUGGAAAAUAUAGAAUCUCAUUUGAUAGAACUAUGAAGGAAAAUAUCAAAAGUGAUGAUCAUGUGAGUAGCUCAUCAAAUCAAAGUCUUCAUUCAGAUUCUGCAUCUACCAUGUCGCAUAUGAAUAAAGAUCUUAACAUAGGGUCGUGUAUAAAAACAGAUGUAACAAGUAUGAAUGAAUAUUCUUGGGAGAACCAAGUAGAAGAUGCCUCAUGCAACCGGAAGGGAGAAAAUAUAGAAAUUCCAUACAAGAAAUGUUCCAUUAUAAACUUUUUUAAUGCGAUUAAAGAACAAGAUAAGGAUUACAUAGAAUUCAAAGAUUUCGAUGUGUAUAUAAGAGAAAUUUUGAAAAGAAAUAAAUCUCUUCAAUUUUUACAAGUACAUACUGAAUUUUUAGAAAGGUACAUAGAAUCUGUCAUAGUUCGAAUAUAUUAUCAUAUUGACAUAAACGAUACAAAUAGAAUAUAUUUAAAAGAUUUGAGAAGACAUAAUUUAGCUCAUAUUUGGUGCUGCCUAGAUGAUAAUAUAAAAGUACAAUACGUCAAAAAUUAUUUCAGUUAUUCCCAUUUUUAUGUAUACUAUAGUACCUUCUGCCAGACAAGCAGUUGUAAAGAUAUGCUAAUAGAUGAUAAUGAUUUAUACAGAUUUGAUAAUCAUUCAUUGAAUGAUUUUAUUGUGAAUCGAAUAUGGUCAAGACUUUCUAUAAAACUAGGAGGACCUAAUGAAAAAUACAUGUGCCUUAACGAUUGGAUUUAUUUUAUAAUGAAUUAUGAAGAUAUGACUACCAAUCGAUCUAUCGAAUUUUGGUUUAAAUUAAUUGACUUAGAUGCAGAUUGUGUAAUUAGAGAUCACGAAAUUCAAGUAUUUUUCAAUAUACAGAUGGAAAGAUUAAAAUCUCAUUAUUUAGAAGAACCCAAAUUUGAAGAUUGGCUAUGUCAAAUGAAUGAUGCUAUUCAACCGAAAAGUGAAGGAAAUUUUACUCUAUCCGAUUUUAAAAGUAAUAAAAAAUAUGCUGCUAGAUUUUUCGGAUGUCUAGUUAGCUUAUCAAAAUUAUUAGCAUGGGAAAGCAGGGAUGUCUACAAGGAGCUGCAAAUCGAAACAGAAUUCCCCAACGCAACCCCAUGGGAAAUUUUCUGCAAAACCAAAUAUGAUGAGAUAUGCUACAUGGAAAAUGAAAGUUGCUACGAUGAAAAUUUUGACACGUAUGAUAUGAGGAGGUUUUAUAUCAUGGAUUCAGACUAA